GUAGGCUUGGCCAUGUUCUGUAUUCGCCUGCAAUUCAACCUAAAACUAAAAAGGAAAACGAUCAACCAUCAUCCCCGUCUCGUACAAUUUUCCACAACAAAGAGCAUUAAACAUUCAUGGGGGAAGAAAAGAAGGGGUUUUUAGUGAUGGGUGACCAGAACCCACUCAAACACGUAGAGACCAAAUACAAUGAAUGUGAGACCCUCUUCAAGACUUGGCUUGCUAAACAAUCUUUACCCGUCGACGCUGCCAUUGUCACCGUCACCAGCGCCCUCCAAGGUGCGGCGAUCGGUGGGUUAAUGGGUCUUACUAACGAUGUCUCCUCCUCUUUUUCUCCUCCGCCACCAAGCACCUCCCUUAAUCUACAGACUAAAGCUUCCUUCCGGCAAUCCCAGGCUGUUGCAGGAGGGCCAUUGGCACAGGCUCGUAAUUUUGCUGUUAUGUCGGGUGUUAGUGCAGGCAUAUCGUGUGUCUUAAGAAGAUUAAGAGGCAAGGAGGAUGUCCAGUCAAGUUUGGCGGCAGGUUUUGGUUCUGGUGUCAUGUUCUCAUUGGUUAGUGGUAUGGGGGGUCCUAAUCAGGCUUCAAAUGCAAUAGCUUCUGGUGUUUUCUUUGCACUUGUGCAGGGUGGAGUCUUUAAGUGCUCUGCAAGAUGCAAGGAUUCCACCUGGACCAAGACUCCUCAUUCUUGAUCACAUUGAAAGGGAGAAGGAGGUAAAGAAGAAGUCUGCUUUUCCACACAAGUGGUAGUUACUUACAGUUACAGGUGUAGUUAAACCAGAAAAAGUUGGUAGUUUAUUUAAUAGUUUAAAUAGAAAAUUAUACUUUAAUCUCACUUUUUGAAGACAAAAGAAGUUGGCUAUCUUAAACAUGAAAAAAAAAAGUUGGGUGGAUCGGAGUAGAUAUUAUUUUCCAAUCACUUAGGGGUGUUUGGUACUUUGGUUCACAUAUUGUUUUGAAAGGAAUUGGCAUUGAUGAAGGAAACAUGAAUUCAAUGCAUUUGGAAGUUUAAGGAGUUGAAAUACUAUCGUCCUUUUGGUUGAAAAAGGCGAAAAGGAAUUCAAUUAAAGUAAUUUCUUCAUUUGUUGCAGAACAUAAAAAAUUCAUGUGAAUAACAUCUUGAAGAAACGGAUAUUGAUACGGCAAAAAAAAAGAAAAAAAAAAAAAAAAAAAAAAAAAAAAAAAAAAAAAAAAAAAAAAAAACCUGAAGAACUCGAAGUACUCUGUCCUCACAAAACUAUGAAACACUCCAUUCAAUAAUUAAAUAUGAAAGAAACAGUAAAUUAGCAAAGUACAUUAAUAUCCUAAUAAAGAAAGAUGCUUCUUUAUUUUAAUAAAAGUUUCCAAAAGUUUAUUUCUUUUACAAAUAUGUGUAACGACAAAACUGAAUAAUUGUAUAUUCUUUCUAAUCUAAUAUCAAGGAAAGAAAGCACUGUUGAAUGUCGAUAAUGGGAAUAUUCUCGGCUUCUUCCAUAAUCCCUCCUUUGCGCCAUGAUUACAUCCUGAUUUUCGUUUUUUCUUUAACAUCUUUCGCAUCGAGAAUGUGAAUUAAAACGCAUUUGUGUGUGAAUAAACAACCCAAUUGUUCGUCUUUUGUCAUUCCACCAUGCGUAAAACAACAAAAAUGAAGAAAAAAACGGAAGUUCUUCACAAUCAAUCUCAGAGAUACAAUAUUUGUUGUUUAACAACCUUUCCAGAUCAAUUUACAUCAAUAACUAAUACAUGUCACAUUCUCUAUAUUCUUACAAAAUCACCAGUCAAAAACAUUCACCUCCUUUCCGUUUUACAAAUCCAUUGAUGGUAUAUGAACGGAUGCCGAUUCGAUGAGCUUCUGAGCAGCCGAAAGCUGUUCCAUUAACGUCGUCAGGCGCUCUCUGUACGCACACGCUUGAUCCAUGGCCUCGGCUUCAAGCUCUCCUAGCUGCGAACAAAGAUGUUCCUCCGCUUCCUCCGCCACGCGCAGCCUCGCCCACGUCUUCUGCAACUCCAUUUUCAUCUUCUCCUCUCUUUCCAGGCUCCUCUUCAGCUCUCUUUCCAAUUCCUCGUUCCUCCUCCUCAACAACUCCUCCUGGGCCGCCAUUUUCGGCGGUCUGUUGUCUUUCACCGACGGAUCCGCCAUGCUAGGGGCCAUUA